AUGGAGCGGAGAGCCUGGACUCUGCAGUUUACUGCUUUCACUCUUUUUUGCGCUUGGUGUGCAAUGAACAGUGUCAAAGCAAAGAAGCAGUUUGUGAAUGAAUGGGCGGCGGAGAUCCCCGGGGGACCUGAGGCAGCCUCAGCGAUAGCCCAGGAGCUAGGCUAUGACCUUUUGGGUCAGAUUGGAUCACUUGAAAAUCACUACUUAUUCAAACACAGAAACCAUCCUCGGAGGUCUCGAAGGAGUGCCUUUCACAUCACUAAGAGAUUGUCUGAUGAUGACCGUGUGAUAUGGGCAGAACAACAGUAUGAAAAAGAGAGAAGUAAGCGUUCCAUCCUAAGAGACUCAGCUCUGGAUCUCUUCAAUGAUCCGAUGUGGAAUCAGCAGUGGUACUUGCAAGAUACAAGGAUGACUGCAACCCUGCCCAAGCUGGAUCUCCAUGUGAUACCUGUUUGGCAAAAAGGCAUCACAGGCAAAGGUGUUGUUAUCACUGUACUGGAUGAUGGCUUGGAGUGGAAUCACACAGACAUCUAUGCCAACUAUGAUCCAGAGGCCAGCUAUGAUUUUAACGAUAACGACCAUGAUCCAUUUCCCCGAUAUGAUCCCACAAAUGAGAACAAACAUGGGACCAGAUGUGCAGGAGAAAUUGCAAUGCAAGCAAAUAAUCACAAGUGUGGGGUCGGAGUUGCAUACAAUUCCAAAGUUGGAGGCAUAAGAAUGCUAGAUGGCAUUGUGACUGAUGCUAUUGAAGCCAGCUCAAUUGGAUUUAAUCCUGGGCAUGUGGAUAUUUACAGUGCGAGCUGGGGCCCCAACGAUGAUGGGAAAACUGUGGAGGGGCCUGGCCGACUGGCCCAGAAGGCUUUUGAAUAUGGUGUCAAACAGGGGAGACAAGGAAAGGGUUCUAUCUUCGUCUGGGCCUCCGGGAACGGGGGGCGUCAGGGCGACAACUGUGACUGCGACGGAUACACGGACAGCAUCUACACCAUCUCCAUCAGCAGUGCCUCGCAGCAAGGCCUAUCCCCCUGGUACGCAGAGAAGUGCUCCUCCACGCUGGCCACCUCUUACAGCAGUGGGGAUUACACCGACCAGCGAAUCACGAGUGCUGACCUGCACAACGACUGCACGGAGACCCACACGGGCACCUCGGCCUCUGCACCCCUGGCCGCCGGCAUCUUCGCUCUGGCCCUGGAAGCAAAUCCAAAUCUCACCUGGCGAGAUAUGCAGCACUUGGUUGUCUGGACCUCUGAGUAUGACCCAUUGGCCAAUAACCCUGGAUGGAAAAAGAAUGGAGCAGGCUUGAUGGUGAACAGUAGAUUUGGAUUCGGGCUGCUAAAUGCCAAAGCUCUGGUGGAUCUGGCUGAUCCCAGGACCUGGAGCAGUGUGCCCGAGAAGAGGGAAUGUGUUGUCAAGGACAAUAACUUUGAGCCCAGAGCCCUGAAAGCUAAUGGAGAAGUCAUCAUAGAAAUUCCAACAAGAGCUUGUGAAGGUCAAGAAAAUGCUAUCAAGUCACUGGAACAUGUGCAAUUUGAAGCAACAAUUGAAUAUUCCCGCAGAGGAGACCUUCAUGUCACCCUCACUUCAGCCGCUGGAACCAGCACUGUACUGUUGGCUGAAAGAGAGCGGGACACAUCUCCCAAUGGCUUUAAGAACUGGGACUUCAUGUCUGUUCACACAUGGGGAGAGAAUCCCAUAGGCACUUGGACUUUGCAAAUUACAGACAUGUCUGGAAGAAUGCAAAAUGAAGGAAGAAUCGUGAACUGGAAGCUGAUCCUGCACGGGACCUCUUCCCAGCCAGAGCAUAUGAAACAGCCCCGGGUGUACACGUCCUACAACACCGUUCAGAACGACCGAAGAGGGGUAGAGAAGAUGGUGGAUUCCAAGGAGGAGCAGCCUACACAAGAGGGCCUGAAUGAGUAUGCUCAGGCAUCCCAAAGCCCUGGCGGCGGUGCAGCUGGGGGCAGAAGGGAUGAGUCGGCAGAGGGCGCCCCUUCUGAGGCCAUGCUGAGACUCCUGCAAAGCGCUUUCAGCAAAAACUCACCCUCAGAGCAAUCACCAAAGAAGUCCCCAAGUGCAAAGCUCAACAUCCCCUACGAAAAUUUCUACGAAGCCCUGGAAAGGCUGAACAAACCCUCCCAGCUUAAAGACUCUGAGGACAGUCUGUAUAACGACUAUGUCGAUGGCUUCUACAACAUGAAACCUUACAAGCACAGGGACGACCGGCUGCUCCAAGCUCUGGUGGACCUUCUGAGGGAGGAAAAUUAA